UCAAUAAGUAAUAAAAUCUAAGUCUCUGCCGCUGACAGUCAGUUGUGUGUCUGCAGUGCUCAGUGUGUGUUUCUCCUCACCUUCAGAAUGAGGGUGUGUGUCCUCCUGAUGUGUGUGUGCUGUCUCUGCUGGAGGAUCGAGGCUCAGUCCAGAUCGUAUCUGAUCACAGCUCCUCUCUCGUUGCGUUUGGACGCUGUGGAGACAGUGGUGCUGCAGCUGUUUGGGUUUUCGGAGGAGGUGACGGUGUACGUGUACUUGAAGACCUCCAUGGCUCCGGAUCACGUGGUUCUAGCUCAGGAGGUUGUGACCCUCAACACCCAGAACCACCAUCAGGCUGCUGCCAAAGUCCGGCUGUACCCAAGUCAGCUGGACAAGAGUGUGAGUCAUGUGAUCCUCCACGUUCAGUCAGCAGAGAUCAACCAGCACCUGUCUGUCGCUGUCAGCCGCUCCAACGGCUUCCUGUUCAUCCAGACCGACAAGCCGCUGUACACCCCACAUCAGAGUGUCAAAGUGAGGGCCUUCUCCUUGAACCAGGAGCUGAGGCCGGCCAAUCGAAGCGUCUUCCUGACGUUCAAGGACCCUGAUCAUUCAACAGUGGACAUUGUGGAGAUGAUUGAUGUUAAUAAUGGAAUCCCAUCCAUGCAAAACCCCUUCAAGAUACCCAUCAAACCAAAGUUGGGGAUUUGGUCCAUCGAAGCCUCCUACUCAGACGACUUCAGCACAACAGCCAGAACAGACUUUGAAGUUAAAGAAUACGUUCUUCCCAGCUUCUCCAUCCUCGUGGAACCAGCAGCAAACUUCAUCAGCUAUGGAAGCUUCAACAGAUUCAGCUUCAAGGUUUCUGCCAGGUAUCUCCACGGUGCUCCGGUGGCCGAUGGAGAGGUGUUUCUGAGGUACGGCUACGUUAGCGGGAAGAAUUCUCCAACUAUCAUCCCCAACUCUGUCACCAGAGAGAGAUUGUCCAUGUCAGGUGAAGUGGACGUGACUGUUGACAUGGAGUCGGUUCUGUCCAAACACAACGGACCUAAAGACCUGAACAGCCUGGUGGGGAAGUACCUGUACAUAGCUGUGCUGCUGCAGGAGGACACAGGUGGUAUCACUCAGGAGGCGGAGUUUGCUGCCGUGAAGUUUGUCAAAUCACCUUACAGACUGAGCCUGGUGUCCACGCCCCCCUUCAUCAAACCUGGACUUCCCUAUAACAUCCAGGUGUUGGUGAAGGAUCACCUGGACAAGCCGGUGAGCCGGGUUCCGAUUCGCCUGGUGGAACGACAGCUGUUCAGACAGGGGAGGGAGAGCGAGGACAUGCCCUGCUCUGAGAGCGCCAACAGCCAAUCAGAUGGCAUCGCUGUCUUCAUCUGCAACACGCCGAGUGGCGCAGUGAGGGCGGAACUGAAGUUUGAGACGGCGGACCCCGUCCUCCCAGAAGCCAGUCAGGCCAGGCUGAGUCUGGAGGCGGUGGCCUAUCACUCACCAAACCAGCGUUACCUUUACAUCGACCCCCCGCUGCCCGGCCGCGGCCUGGAGGUGGGACAGUACGCCAACAUCAAGGUGUACUCAGCCACGCCCCCCUCCGUGGCCAUGAGAGCCCUCAGUUACCUGGUGCUCUCUAAAGGGAAGGUGGUGAAUUUCGGCAGUCAGAAGUCCGUCCCCAGCGCUGAUAACAAACAGACUCUGAGCUUCCAGGUGACGAGCGACAUGGUCCCGUCCAUCAGACUGCUGGUGUACUACAUCCUGUACGGAGAGGGGACGUCCGAGCUGGUGGCCGACUCCGUCUGGUUGGAUGUCAUAGCCAAGUGUGUCAAUGGACUCCAGACUGAUCUGUCGUUGCGUAUGUGGGACUACAAGCCAAAGGAAAAGCUCCGGCUGGCCAUCAGGACCAAUCAGGAGGGCCUGGUGGCUCUGUCUGCUGUAGACUCCGCCCUCUUCACCUUAAGACCAAACUACAGAGACCCUGUUACCACGGUUCUGCGUCACAUCGAGCAGAGCGACCAGGGCUGCGGUGGAGGCGGCGGGAAAGACAGCGCAGAUGUCUUCCUAUUGGCCGGCCUCACCUUCUUCACCAACGCCAAUGCCUAUCCAUCAACCAGCGAUGCAGCGUGCACAGCAGCGGUGCGUCCAAAGCGAGCUCUGACUGAGGAGGAGAAGGCGAAGAAAGCGCAGAGUUACGGUCCUGUGAAGACCUGCUGUGAGGAGGGGAUGAAGUACAUCCCGAAGAGCGUGACCUGCCUUCAGUUCGCUGAGCAGAGGUUCAGUAAAUACCCUCGCUGCCGACAUGCCUUCAGGGCCUGCUGUGAGUAUGUACAGCAGCACCUGGGCCAGGACCAGAACCUCAUCCUGGGACGCCACGAGAUGGGGGCGAACUUCGACCUGGCUCCUUCUUUGGUGCGGAGCUACUUUCCGGAGAGCUGGCUGUGGGAGGUGCAGCGCGUCAGUCCACUGCAGACGUCUCUCAGCAGGACUCUACCUGACUCUCUCACCACCUGGGAGAUCAAGGCCAUCGGCAUGUUCCAGAACGGUAUUUGUGUUGCGGAGCCGGUCCAGGCGUCGGUCAGAUUGCCGCUCAGUGUGGACGUCCCGCUGCCUUAUCAGGUGGUCAGAGGAGAACAGCUGGAGCUGACGGGCUCAGUGUACAACCGACAGCCCGACAGCAUCGUGUACUGUGUGACACUGACGGUCGGCCCGGCGAUCUGUCUGCUCCAGUCCCAGGCGACCGCCGGGGGGGCGGGGCUGCGCUCCACACCUUGCACCUGGACCCGUCUGUCUGCAGAGGGGGUGGGCAAAGUGACCUUCACCCUGCUGGGCCUGGAGCCUGGAGAGCACACCCUGACCUUCACCCUGAAGACACGGGGACAGGGAACCGGGGACGUCCUGGAGAAGAAGCUCCGAGUGGUGCCUGAAGGGGUGAGGAGAGAGGUGUACUCUGGAGGGAGACUGGACCCACAGGGACUCUACGGUUCAGAGAAGAGAACGGUGGAGCUGAAGAACAGACUGCUGGCCAACGUCGUCCCCAACACACCUGUGGAGAGACAGCUGACUAUUAACGGUGACGUCCUAGGUGAGGUCUUGUCAGUGAUGCACAGCCCCGAAGGCCUCAGGCAGCUCGUCAACCUGCCGCCUGGGUCGGCAGAGGCAGAGCUGGGCGGGCUCCUCCCCCUCAUCCACGUGUAUCAGUACCUGGAGACGACGAGGAGCUGGGACGUCCUGGGGGCGGACAUCCAGAAGAACUCAGCAGAUCUGAGACAGAAGAUCAGAGAGGGUCUGGUUGGUAUCAGCUCCUUCAGAGGUGGAGACUCCAGUUACAGCAUGUGGACGAAGCGAGAGCCCAGCACCUGGCUGACUGCUUUGGUGGUGAAGACGCUGUCUGUGGUGGAUCAGGUCGUCCCUGUGGACCAUCAGUCUCUGUCAGAUUCUGUAGCCUGGCUGAUCCGCAGCGCUCAGCAGCAGGACGGAUCCUUCACUGAGAACUCCUCCUUCAGGCCCAACAAAAUCAUGGCUGAGGGGACCAAGGCAGUCGACCAAUCAGUGUAUCUGACGUCCUUCGUGCUGAUCGCCUUGUACAGAGCCACGAGCAUCAAAGACCAGAUCCUGCAGCUCAGAUUCCAUGAUGACAGCAUGAGGUCUGCAGCAAACUACAUCUCCCAGCAUGCCCCAGGUGUCAGCAGUGUGUAUGUGCGUGCUGUGGCGACCUACGCUCUGACCCUUCAUGACCCCAACAGUAUGACAUCCUCUCAGCUGCUCACCAGCCUGGAGAACGUGGCUCGACAGAAAGGUCACCCCGCCGUGCUCAGGUACUGGCAGGAGCCCAGCGUGACGACUGAUGAGCUGAAACCCGACCAAUCCAGCGAGCUGACGGUGGAGACGACGGCGUACCUGCUGCUGACUGUGCUGCUGAAGGGAAGGAUCCCCUACGCCAACCCCAUCCUGUCCUGGCUGACCCAGGAUCAGCACUAUGGAGAGGGUUUCUACUCUAUACAGGACACAGUUCUGACUCUGGAGGCGUUGACAGAGUACAGCAGAACCGUCCCUCGAGCCGUCCUCAAUCAGGACAUCAAUAUCCGCUACAGCAGAGGGGAAACUGUGGGACGGGUCCAGCUCACCCCGACCCGACCUGUGGCCACGCCCAUUCAGGUGUCGAAAGAUGAUGACAUCACGGUGUCCACGGGUUAUGGGAGGGGCGUGUCAAACGUGAAGCUGAAGACAGUUUACUAUGAGACCACCUCAUCCACACAGACGUGUAACUUUGACCUCACCAUAGAGGUGAACGGCCCCGACGCCUCCAGAAAUCCCAGCAUGCGGUCUCCUCACCUGACUGCCUGCGCAAAGUAUAAACCUCCUCCUAACGAAGCAUACACAGAGUCCGGUCUGACUGUGAUGAAGAUCCAGCUGCCGACAGGUGUGGAUGCUUACCUGGAGGACCUGAAACAGUUCAGAGACGCAGUGGAGCCGCUCAUCUCCCACUAUGAACUCCAAGGAAACACCGUGAUCAUUCAGACGGAAACUGUUCCCUCUGAUGUCUUCCUGUGCGUUGGUUUUCGGAUCAGGGUCGGGUUCAGGGUGAGUGGAGCCAGCGAGUCCCUGUUCAGUGUCUACGAGCCUCAGGACAAAGGGAGCAUGUGCACCAAGCAGUUCUCCUACCAGGAGCAGAAGCUGCAGCGCCUCUGUGUGGGUGAAGAGUGUCAGUGCAUGACAGCUGCCUGUGCCACCUACAGAGGAAAUGUGGACUUGAGCCGGACAGCAGACAAACGCACGGAGGAGACCUGCCAGCCUCACAUCAGAUACGCCUAUAAGGUGAAGGUGAAGGCUUCAGCAGCAGAAGGAGACUUUAUGACCUACACAGCCACCGUAGUUGAAGUCCUGAAGAACACAGAUAAAGACUUUGAAGCGGUGAGUUCAGGGACAGAGGUGGACUUGGUAAAAAAGGUCACCUGCAGCGCUGUGGACAUCCAGAACAACAAACAGUACCUAGUGAUGGGAGCCAGCGGGUCAGAGGUCACACUCAAGUAUCGUCUUCCUCUGGACUCGGAGGCUGUGGUGGAGCUAUGGCCAACAGACUGUAGUUCUCCUGACUGUAUGGACUACGUUUCCCAGCUGGAAGACUUUGCUCUGGACCUGCAGCUGAGCAGCUGCCCGGACUCAUCAUAACUCUGCAGCAGAACAGAGUUUCACUGCACUGUUUUCAUUUAACACUCAGGAGAAUUUACAAAGAUCUGAUGAAGACAAAUCAAAUGAAAACUGCUCUGUGAUCAGAUCACAGUAAACUGUACAGACACCUGAGCAUAGUUUUAUUAACUCACAGCCAAAAUGUAAAUGGAUUCAUUUCUCCUUUUCCAAACUGUGCUAUCAGUUUAUAAUCUGCCUGUGAAGCUGAAAUAAAUUCAGUCGUCUUUC